AUGACAAGUGAAGAUGGAACGAGUGUGGAUGAAACUGAAAGUGAAAAGAAGCUGUCGAAAAAAGAACUGAACAAAUUGGCAAAACAGCAGAAGAAAUUGGAAAAGAAGACUGAGCACGCAGCCGCACGUUCAGAAGAAAACGAGAAGGAAGAGGAGGAAGAUGUAUCAAAAGGUCACUAUGGUACCUACGGGAUUAUACAGUCUACUGAACGAAAGAAAUUGGAUUUCAUUGAUGUUAACGACGUUUUGAUAAAUUUAGAAGGACAAGAGAUUUGGAUUCGAGGUCGUUUGCACACUUCGAGAAUAAAGGGAAAAACAUGCUUCAUUAUUGUUCGUCAGCGAAUGCACUCCAUACAGGGAAUGUUGUUCGUUGGCAAUGAGAUUAGCAAGCAAAUGUUGAAGUUUGUUGGAAACAUUUCAAAGGAAUCAGUGAUUGAUGUUCGAGGUGUCGUAAGAAAAGUGGAACAAGAAAUCACCAGCUGCACACAGAGAGAGGUCGAAUUGCAUGUCACACAGUUAUUCAUUGUUAGCGCAGCAGAACCACGAUUACCACUGCAGAUAGAAGAUGCUACUCGAAUUAAAGAGGAAGGCAAAAGUGCAGACGAUUCAUCUUUAUCUGUUGUGAAUCUCGACACACGCCUGGAUAAUAGAGUACUGGAUCUUCGCACGCAGACAAGUCAUGCUAUUUUCUCUCUACAAGAUGGCGUUUGUGAAUUAUUCCGAAAUACUUUAAAGAAGCGUGGUUUUAUGGAAAUACAUACGCCAAAAAUCAUAUCCGCAGCAAGUGAAGGAGGCGCAAAUGUCUUUGAGGUCUCGUAUUUUAAAGGCUCUGCUUAUCUUGCUCAGUCACCGCAGUUAUAUAAGCAAAUGGCGAUCGCUGCAGAUUUCGACAAAGUUUUCACUAUUGGAGCUGUUUUCCGUGCAGAAGACAGUAAUACUCAUCGACAUUUAACAGAAUUUGUUGGCCUUGAUAUUGAAAUGGCGUUCAAAUUCCACUAUCAUGAGGUUCUUGAAACAAUUGGUGCUGUUCUGAUUGAUAUAUUCAAAGGUUUGCAAGCGAAAUUCAAGCAUGAAAUUGAGACAGUUGGCAAGCAGUAUCCUUGUGAACCAUUCCAGUUUGUUGAACCUGCCCUUAUACUCAAAUAUCCUGACGCUAUCAAACUGUUGCGAGAGAAUGGUGUGGAAAUAGGAGAUGAAGACGAUUUAAGUACUCCGGUGGAAAGAUUUUUAGGUAGAUUGGUGAAAGAAAAAUAUGAGACCGAUUUUUAUAUACUCGACAGAUACCCAUUGGCAGUUCGUCCAUUUUACACAAUGCCAGAUGCAAACGAUCCAAAAUACUCUAACAGUUACGAUAUGUUUAUGCGAGGUGAAGAAAUAUUAUCUGGCGCCCAGCGAAUCCACGAUGCAUCUUUAUUAACUGAAAGAGCUAAACAUCACCAAAUUGACUUGGAAAAGAUCCGAGCUUAUAUCGACUCGUUUAAGUAUGGCUGUCCGCCACAUGCUGGAGGUGGCAUUGGAUUGGAACGUGUAACUAUGUUGUUUCUUGGACUUGGGAACGUACGCUUGGCAUCUCUUUUCCCACGUGACCCGAAAAGAAUAACACCAUAA